AUGGAUGGGCGCAAGAUGAGCAAGAGCCGGGGCAAUGUUGCCGAUCCUAUGGAAAUCUCUGAAAAAUACGAGGUUGACGCGCUGCGUCUCUUUAUGAUGCGGAAUUCUGUGCUGGACUCAGACUGCGACUACUCCGAGAGCAAGCUCAAUGCCACGCGAAACGAGUUUAUUGACAAGUUCUGCAACCUGCUGACUCGGUCUCUGUCCAGAAAAUUCAGCAUCUCACGCGCUCUUGCGAAGGUCGAGACACGCGGACUUCCGAGCCUGCUUCACGAGGCCGGGGAGGAGUUCUCAGCUGAUUUGCGCUCUCUCUAUGAACAGGUGGACGAGUUGCCGGAUAUUGUUGAUUCCCACCUCAGAAAACUCGAACUGCACAGGGCUGUCCUUGCUAUCUGGCAGCUGCUUCCUCGCAUCAAUGGACUGUUUGACAAAUUCGAGCCGUGGAAACUUAAAGGGCCUGAAAACGAGCUCAAACAGGACUUGGUGAUUUUCAGCGCGCUUGACUCGCUGCGACAUGGCGGGCAUCGCGAGAGACACUAG